GACCAUGGCAAAGAUUCUGCCAGUUUGCCCAGAAGACGGAGCUCGAAUCGAAACCGACCAAACGACCGACCGCUCUCAGUACAGGGGUUGGUGAGGACGCUUCCAGACAGCCCAGAGGCUUUCAAGUCUCCCCAUCCCUCCCACAGGCUCAGCAACGGGCACAGCAGCGUAUACAGACCUGGGACCAGCAACGGUGGAGGUCUCAUCACUCCCUGCAACAGUACGACAAGCUCCCGUGCUGCCAGCCCGUCUCUGUUCGAUCUGGUGGAGAUCGAGAAGAAACUGAGAGAAGCCAAAGCCGAGAAAGAGAGGCUGCUCAGAGAGCGGGAAGAGCGAAAGCGGGUGUUGUUGUACGAGAGAAGGCAAAGAGAAUUAAACUCUCCCAGAAAAGAGCCAGUCGAAGCUGAGACCCCACAUAGUCCAGAGUCAGAACCAAAGGAGGAACCAAAGGCCAGUUCUCCCCUAAAGUCCCCAGAGCAGCGCAGCCUGCCUCUCUUCCUCUCCCCUAACUUCGACCUGCGGUCACACCUGGAGACUCUGGGUCACGGAGUAGCCGCCUGCACAGACCUUCGGCUGACGCCUCGACGCUGUGCAGGCUUCCUGACCAAACGAGGGGGGAGGGUGAAGACCUGGAAGAAAAGGUGGUUCCUGUUUGACAUGGACCACAGACGACUAGCUUACUAUACAGGUCAGACUGGCUGGGAGAGGG